AUGCACGUUAUCGCCAGUAGUGCCGAUGACUUCCGCAGCUUCCCCACGCUGCGGAAAUGGGCGCAACAGGCUCACAACGCCGGCAAGGCCUCGUUCCAGCGAGAGAACGCCGUGGUCGUGGCCGUGGUCGUGGCCGUGGCCCUCACCAAAACCUUCUACGACGCACUGCCUGCUGCCCUGACGACGGACAGCGAGGUCGACAGGCUGAACUUCAUCCACCGCUGGACCAGCCACUGCGGCCCCCCUCCCCCGCGCACCACCCACACCCAGCAGCAGCCCUUCUUCUCCUUCGACCACUGGGAGGAGAUGGCUGCCGCGCUAGACAUCCGUCGUCGCUUCCGCGUGUUGGAGAACGUGCGCGGCGGCGACGACGACGACGACGACGACGCUGCGGACGAUGCCGCGACGGGCCACGACAACGACGUUCUCAUUCGUAACGCGCGGCUCAACACCGGCGCGUGGCGGUCCGGGUCGUGCGCCGAGCACCUCGGCCAUCUGUUCUGUCUGGACUGCCGGGCCCGGGCGUGGAUGCCCCGCGCUGCUGGUGUUGGUGGUGGUGGUGGUGGUGGAGAUGACGACGAGAGUGGCGGGGACGGUGGUGAUGGAUGGACUACCGUUAGGAGAUCAAAGCAGGAUAAGCAGCCACGCGGGGGUGGGUUCGGUUGA